AUGUCUGGCCUCCUCCCCGGCUUCCUCAUUGAUAUUGCGCGCAUCCCCGCCGUCGCCGUUGGCCUGCCUAUUGCACUCGGCGGAUUGGUCGGGUACGGCGUCAACACCCGGACUGCGUGGUACUCCUCGCUCAAGCAGCCGUUGCUCAGCCCACCUGCCUGGGCGUUCGGGCCGGUAUGGACGAUCCUGUACGGCAUGAUGGGGUACGCGUCGCACCUGGUCUCCGAGGUCGCGGUCAAGAACCUCGACCCCGUGACGCGCGACAUGGCCAACACCGCGCUGGGGCUGUAUUAUGCCCAGCUGGCGCUCAACCUUUCAUGGAUGCCGCUGUUCUUUAGCGCCAGGAGCCCCUUCGUCGCGCUUGCCGAUAUGCUCACCCUCGCUAGCACAGUGUUCGUCAUGACCGACGUCAUGAACGCGCUCCCCACCCGCUUCCCCACCAUCUACCUCCUGGCGCCCUACUGCGGAUGGCUUAUGUACGCCACGUAUCUCAACGUGGGCCUCUGCUACCUCAACUACUAG